UGUUGUUGUUGUUUAUUCACGUUAAACUCGUGUCAGUUGCUAAUCCCAAAAUCUAGCAAAGACUCGGUCCGUGGUCACAAAAAUGCUAGUAGAGCCAUCAGAAGAUCUAAAGAACACACACACUAUUAGCAAGGAAAGGGUACGCAAGCCCGAGGAGGUACACCUGCAAUCCCUGCAGCACGUUUGCGUGCUCACAACUGAACUACACGCCCACACACUACCGGUGGCCCCGGUGGUCUAGUGGGUAGCCUCGCAGCCUGCCAGGGGCUAGGUCAUGGGUUCGAGUCCCGGCAGAGAGAGUUUUUUUCUCAUUGAUAAAAUCCUGGUCUAGGAUGAAAGCGACCCGCUGCAAAGCUCGUUUGUUAGUAAACCAUAAUCGACUUCGUAAGUCGCGAGGGAAGGGAUUGCUGUACCCUUCUCGCGAUAAAAAUACCUCAGGCAUGAACCGCAGGAGGGGGCCCAACCCCCCCCUCCUAUGUGACCCCGGUUGGGUCGUCUAGUUAGUAGAAGUGGAGGAUAGGGGCCAGAGGGGCAGACGACAGAGUCCAAUAAUGAUGGGAUAAAAACAAAAACAAAAAAAUAAACUUCCCGGUCGCCCCAGUGGUCUAGUGGGUAACUUCGCACCUUUCCACGGGCCAGAUCAUGGGUUCGAGUCCCGGCAGAGAGAGUUUUUUUCUCACUAAAUAAAUCCUGGUCUAGGAUGAAAGCGACGCGCUGCAAAGCUCGUUUGUUAGUAAACCAUAAUCGACUUCGUAAGUCGCGAGGGAAGGGAUUGCUGUACCCUUCUCGCGAUAAAAAUACCUCAGGUACACACUUAAGGCACCCGGGUUAUCCGCGCCAUCUCUGCCGCGUCUCUCUCCAAAACCAAUGACGUCAUUACACACACCCAACAACACCUGUGUUCAGGAAAAAAAACGGAAAAGUUAUUGACAAUACAAGAGAUGUGUUUGUCCGUGCGCCACGGUUCGAUGCCGUCCGCCUGCUCCGGUUCCGCUGCUCCGGUUCCGCUGCUCCGGUGCCGCUGUGGCCAGUCCUAGCACGACCAAACUCGACCUGCUCCGCUUCGUACACGCUCUCGUUGCUGUCCUUUCCAGUCGGUUCCU